GGAAACUUUUCAGUAAUUGUAGUAUCGUAACAUCAUUAUAUAACACAUAGCCGCAUACAAUUCUUAAAUGUUUUCUGAUCAAGUAGUCCUUGAUAUAAAUAAUACGAAUAGAUUAUUAUUACUUUGGAAACCAAACAGUAAGCACGGUAUAACAAUAUGUGUCUUCACUUUGGAUACUACAUUUUGGCGACGAGAAGAAAAAUGGCGAAUCAGUUCGGUUGAAAUAUCUGAAAAAUCACGAGAAAUUACAACAUUUAUUACACGGAAAGGAUUAUUUCGAUAUACCCGGCUUAUGUUCGCAAUAAAUUGUGCGCCAGAACUAUUUCAAAAGUCAAUGGAACAAGUUUUGAGCGGAUGUGAAGGAUGUAUAAAUUUUAUUGAUGAUAUUCUAGUGUUUGGAUUAGACCAAAAUGAACAUGACUUGCGGUUAGAGAAGGUUCUUGUCAGAUUAAAGAACAGAAAUGUAUUACUGAACAAAAGUAAGUGCAUGUUUGGUGUUUCUGAGAUAGGUUUUCUUGGUCACGUGCUAUCAAAAAAAUGGAAUCAAUCCUGGUAUGGAUAAGUUAGAAUCUAUUCGCAAUUUCCGAGAACCGAGAACCACUGAAGAAGUCAGAAGUUUUCUUGGCCUGGUCAAUUAUGUGGGAAGAUUUAUUCCUGAUCUAGCUACAUUAACGUUUCCAUUAAGGCGACUCACAAACCUGGGACAGAAAUAUGUUUGGAGAUUUGAGCAACAAAUUGCGUUUGACAAAUUAAAGGAACACAUGAUGAAUCCAAAAACACUGGGGUAUUUCAAUGAUGAAGAUCGUACACAACUAGUGGCUGACGCUAGUCCAGUUGGUCUAGGAGCAGUGCUAAUCCAAAUAAAUAAUCAGGGGCCUAGAAUUAUUGCUUACGCAAGCAAGAGCCUUUCCGAGGUGGAAAAACGGUAUGCACAAAUUGAAAAGGAGGCCUUAGCGCUAGUAUGGGCGGUAGAACGAUUUCAUUUUUAUUUGUAUGGCCGGACAUUUGAGCUUAUCACAGAUCACAAGCCUUUACAAACGAUAUUUGGUCCUCGAUCUAAACCGUGUGCAAGAAUUGAAAGGUGGGUAGUUCGUUUACAAGCAUAUAAAGCGAAAGUUAUCUACAAGCCUGGUAAAUCAAACGUUGCUGACCCUCUUUCACGACUGGCAAUCACAUCAAACACUACUGGAAUAACGUUUGACGAAUUUUCUGAGUAUUAUGUACACUGGAUAGCUUCUAAUGCAAUGCCAAUAGCCUUGAAGUUAACAGAAAUUGAACAAUCAUCGAAUAUUGACAAGUCUAUUCAAUCAGUUCGGGUUGCUCUGGAUCAAGGAAUCUGGUCAGAGGAAGCGCAGCCUUUCAAAUUAUUUGCUACGGAACUCUGUUUUGCUGGCAAGAUCCUACUACGAGGUAAUAGAAUGGUGAUUCCAGAAAGUCUGAGAAAGCAGACAUUAGAAUUGGCUCACGAAGGGCACCCUGGUAUGACAAUUAUGAAGCAAAGAUUAAGAGCAAAGGUUUGGUGGCCGAAAAUGGAUUUGCAAGUUGAGCAGCACAUUAAAAACUGCCGAGGAUGCAUGUUGGUAGCAGCACCCUCUGCACCAGAACCAAUGAAGCGCAGAGAAUUACCUUCAGGUCCAUGGCAACAUUUGGCUGUUGACUUUCUGGGACCCCUCCCAUCGAGCCACUACCUAUUCGUGGUGGUUGACUACUUCAGUCGCUACUUAGAAAUCGAGAUAAUGACGAAGAUUGAUACCAAAGAAACCAUCAACAGAUUGGAAAUAAUUUUUGCUCGGUUUGGUUUGCCGCUAUCCAUUACAGCUGAUAAUGGUCCUCAGUUUUCAAGUGUGGAGUUUCGAGUGUAUUGUGAAUCAAAUAACAUCAAGUUGAUCAACACCAUUCCUUACUGGCCACAGCAAAAUGGUGAGGUAGAACGCCAGAAUCGUUCUAUUUUGAAAAGAUUGACCAUCAGUCAAGGAAUCAAUUCUAAUUGGAUUGAAGAUCUCAAUAAGUAUUUGCUCAUGUACCGUUCAACUCCUCACUCAACGACGGAAAAGACUCCUUCGGAAAUGUUACUUGGAUAUUAUAUAAGAGACAAGCUUCCAUGUAUUUACCAACCCAAAGAAGUAGAUGAAGAGGUCAUCGAGCGUGACAAAGAAAUGAAAGAAAAAGGAAAGCUAUAUGCAGACAAACGACACCAUGCCAAAGUGAAUCAUAUGUCGGAAGGUGAUAACGUUUUGGUGAAGAAUAUGAUAAAAUCAAAUAAGCUGACUCCCACUUUUGGUUCCGAAUCGUGCAAAGUUAUCAAAAGGAAAGGCGGAGAUGUAGUCAUUGCUUCAGAAUCGGGAGCAAAAUAUCGUCGACAUAUCACUCAUCUACAGGAUGUUUCUAAAUCACUACAAGUAGCAGAUAAUUCCAAUGAUACAACAAACAGAAAAGUUAAAGAAUCAGUCGAAGAGUCAACUGUGAAUUCUAGAAUAAAACGAGCUGUCCAACAACCAAUCUACAUGCAGGACUAUGUACAAACUGUCGACGGAGAUACAAAUAAAGAUUCACUGAAAUAAAAAAAAAAAAAUAAUAAUAAUAAAAAAACAAAUAUCUAUAUAUAUAUAAAAAAAGGAAAUAAUGUAGUAUCGUAACAUCAUUAUAUAA